UGAACACAUACCGUCAUGCAAGUUGUGUGUUUUCUGGUAGUGGUGUUUGCGGGGCUCGUCAUGCUUGGAGUUCCUAAACACCAUAAAGGUUUCCGCAGGCACCCCAGCCUCACCGGCUUACUGAAGUCUCAGUGGUGUAAGCGGCUUCGCAGUCAACUUCACCAAAGCCAUCAGACCUUGAGGCGUUCCCAUAAAUGCAGCCAGGUCUUCCUCAGAUCUCGGCUGCGCCAAGAGGACACCCCACCUAGGAUUGUAGAGCACCCAUCUGACCUGAUCGUAUCCAAAGGGGAGCCUGCCACGCUCAACUGUAAGGCGGAGGGGCGGCCAGCUCCAACUGUGGAGUGGUACAAAGAUGGUGAGCGGGUGGAAACAGACAGGGACAAUCCCCGCUCCCAACGCAUGCUGCUGCCCAGUGGCUCCCUUUUCUUCCUGCGCAUCGUCCACGGACGACGGAGCAAACCGGACGAAGGUUCCUACGUCUGCGUUGCCCGCAACUACCUGGGAGAGGCAGUGAGCCACAAUGCCUCGCUGGAAGUAGCAAUUCUACGAGACGACUUCAGGCAAAACCCUGCAGAUGUGAUCGUAGCAGCUGGAGAGCCAGCCGUCCUGGAGUGCCAGCCUCCACGCGGUCACCCUGAACCCACCAUAUCGUGGAAAAAAGACGGAGUCAAUAUUGAUGACAGAGAUGAGAGGAUCACUAUACGUGGAGGCAAGCUGAUGAUCACGAAUGCCCGCAAGAGUGAUGCUGGGAAGUAUGUAUGUGUCGGCACAAAUAUGGUCGGAGAGCGUGAAAGUGAAAUAGCUGAACUGACAGUUCUGGAGCGUCCUAGCUUUGUGCGUCGCCCAAGCAGCACGGUGGUCUUAGUGGACCAAAGUGUGGAGUUUAAGUGCGAGGCUCGUGGUGACCCAGUUCCCACUGUACGCUGGAGGAAAGACGAUGGCGACCUCCCGAAAGGACGAUAUGAGAUCCGUGAGGACCACACCCUGAAGAUCCGCCGCGUGAUCUCCGCUGACGUAGGCUCCUACACAUGUGUGGCAGAGAACAUGGUGGGCAAGGCGGAGGCCUCAGCCACGCUCACCGUCCACGUGCCCCCAGCGUUUGUGGUGAGACCGAGGAAUCAGGUGGUUGGAGUUGGCAGGACGGUGACGUUCCAGUGCGAGGCCACUGGGAACCCACAGCCGGCCAUUUUCUGGCAGAGGGAAGGCAGUCAGAACCUCCUGUUCUCCUACCAACCACCUCAACCCUCCAGCCGGUUCUCUGUAUCUCAGACCGGGGAUCUGACCAUCACAGACGCAGAGCGCUCCGACAUGGGAUACUACAGCUGCCAGGCUCUGAACAUUGCUGGCAGUGUGAUCACCAAGGCCCUGCUUGAGGUUACUGACGUUGUGUCAGACCGCCCGCCACCAGUUAUACGACAGGGGCCCACCAAUCAAACGGUGGCUGUGGACGGAACCGUGGUCCUGAGCUGUGUGACAUCUGGUAACCCUACACCCACCAUCCUCUGGAGGAAGGACGGCGUUUUAGUGUCCACACAUGACUCGAGAGUCAAACAGCUGGACACGGGCGUGCUACAAAUACGAUACGCAAAGCUUGGUGACACCGGUACCUACACCUGCAUCGCCUCCACUCCCAGUGGAGAGGCUUCAUGGAAAGCCUAUUUGGAAGUUCAAGAAUUUGGAUCCCCCAUCCAGCCAAACAGACCGACUGACCCAAACCUGAUACCUAGCGCUCCGUCAAAACCAGAGGUCACAGACGUUUCCCGGACCUCCAUCACCUUAUCCUGGAAACCCAACCUCAAUUCUGGAGCCACACCCACUUCCUACAUCAUAGAAGCCUUCAGCCAUGCAUCCGGCAGCAGCUGGCAGACGUUGGCAGAGCAUGUGAAAACAGAGUCGUUUGUGCUGAAGGGCCUGAAGCCCAGUGCAGUCUACCUCUUCCUAGUGCGAGCUGCCAAUGCCUACGGACUCAGUGAUCCCAGUUCCAUCUCAGACGCAGUGAAAACGCAAGACAUUCCUCCCACCAGUCAGGGCGUGGACCAUCGACAGAUCCAAAGAGAACUUGCAGAUGUGGUCAUUCACCUUCACAACCCCACCAUCCUCUCGUCGUCGUCCGUCAGGGUGCAGUGGACGGUGGAGCAACAGUCCCAGUACGUCCAGGGCUACAAGGUGAUGUACAGGCCAGAUGGCCAGCAGAGGAGCGAAUGGGCCGUGUUCGAGAUCCGGACCCUCGGAGAGGACAGCGUCGUUGUGACACAGCUGCGGAAGGGCAUCACAUACGAAUUCAAAGUCCGCCCAUUCUUCAACGAGUUCCAGGGAACAGACAGCGAAGUUAAAUCUGGCAAGACCCUGGACGAAGGGCAGAUCUGGUGUUUGGGGAAUGAGAGCAAGUAUCACAUCAACCGGACGGUUGACGGGUCAACGCUGUCCGUGGUCAUCCCCAGUCUGACCCCUGGGAUCCGUUACAGCGUCGAGGUCGCAGCCAGCACCAGCGCCGGUCCCGGGGUCAAGAGUGAAACCACGUUCUUUCAGUUUGAUUCAUCUGGGCGAAUGACCGAGACCGUGAACCAGGAGAACCCGCUCUCCCAGCAGAUCUCAGAUGUGGUCAAGCAGCCUGCCUUUAUCGCAGGAAUUGGAGCAGCAUGUUGGAUCAUCCUCAUGGUCUUUAGUAUCUGGUUAUACCGGCACCGAAAGAAAAGGAAUGGCCUCUCCAGCAGCUAUGCAGGCAUACGCAAAGUGCCAUCCUUCACAUUCACACCAACAGUGGCAUAUCAGAGGGGUGGGGAAGGCGUCAGCAGUGCUGGAAGGCCCGGUUUGCUAAACAUGGGCGACUCAGCCACUCAGCCCUGGCUGGCCGACACAUGGCCCAACUCCUGCUCCAACCACAACGACUGCAGCAUCAACUGCUGCACAGCGGGCAACGGCAACAGCGACAGCAACCUGGCCACGUACAGCCGACCAGCCGACUGUAUCGCCAAUUAUAACAGCCAGAUGGAUAACAAGCAGACCAACCUCAUGGUGCCAGAGUCCGGCGUCUACGGAGACGUAGACCUAUCCAACAAGAUCAACGAAAUGAAGACCUUCAACAGUCCGAACCUCAAAGAUGGCCGCUUUGUCGGUCCUGGGGGCCAGCCGACGCCUUACGCCACCACGCAGCUCAUCCAGUCCGCCAUCAUGGGCAACAACAUGAACUCGGACAGAGGGACCGGAGGGAGUGGAGGUGGACUCGGGGGUGGAGGGGAAGUAAAUGAGAAACACUGCUGGAAGCCUCCUUCCAUCCAGCAGAAGCAGGAAAUGGGCUCCCAGCUUCAGUACAACAUCUUGGAGCAAAACAAGCUGAAUAAGGACCGGUACAGAGGAGGUGACAGUCCAAUGCCCGCCACCAUCCCCUACAACCAGACCCAUGACACACACACCGGAGGUUCCUACAACAGCUCAGAUAGAGGCAGCAGUAGCACCUCUGGGAGUCAGGGUCAUAAGAAGGGAGUACGGACCCCCAAACUACCCAAGCAAAGCACAAUGAAUUGGGCUGACCUUCUUCCCCCACCCCCGGCAAACCCAGCCCCAUUGCGUAACACAGAGGAGUACUCACUCUCUUUGGAGGAAAGCUGUGAUCCUGACAUGCAGUGCCCCAUGCCUCCAUCUCACAUGUACCUGCAGCCUGAUGAGCUGGAGGAGGAGAUAGAGCGGGGUCCGACUCCUCCAGUACGCGGGGCAGCCUCCUCCCCAGCUGCUGUGUCCUACAGCCACCAGUCCACGGCCACGCUGACCCCCUCCCCCCAGGAGGAGAUGCAGCCCAUGCUUCAGGACAUGCCGAACAGCCACGAACGAAGACGCCAUGGUGUGAGCCCUCCCCCGCCUCCGAGGCCCCUCUCCCCCUCACACACAUACGGCUACAUCAGCAGUCCCCUGGUGUUGGACACUGACGGUCUGGACGAUGAGGACAUACUGGAGGAAGAGGAGGAAGACGGGGAUGAAACGGACGCGGAAGUAGCCAAGAUGCACUACCACCACACCCACCCCCACACGCAUUCUCACCACCCCCAGAUGCACGCCCGGAGGUUGCUACUACGAGACCUCGAACAAACACCCGCGUCCAGCAUGGGUGACCUGGAGAGCUCGGUGACGGGCUCCAUGAUCAACGGAUGGGGGUCCGCCUCCGAGGAGGAUAAUGUCUCCUCGGGGAGGUCGAGCGCAGUCAGUUCAUCAGAUGGCUCCUUUUUUACAGAUGCGGACUUUGCUCAGGCGGUUGCUGCCGCAGCAGAGUAUUCAGGACUCAGGGUGGCAAAGUACCCCAAUCCCCAAGGCCAGGAAGUGGGAGUAGCUUCAGCACGAAAAUACCAAAUAAACCAGCCAGGCCACCGCCCUGGCAGCCCAGUGUCCACAGAUAGUAAUAUGAGUAUGGCAGCUAUUCACAGAAGGCCUCCAAAAAAGCAAAAACAGCAUCCUGCAGGAAAUCCAGGCAGCCAGCGCCGCGAGGCCUUUAACGAAGAUCUCCCUCCUCCACCCAUUCCUCCUCCAGCGGUGCUCAAGUCUCCCACACAUCCCUCUAAGGUGGCUCUGGAGGGCCGGGGAGUGAUUUCCCCUAAAGCGGGCGAGGGCCGGGACAAGCGGGGAGGGGGUUACCGGCCUCAGGAGGGCUCGGACCCCAGAACCAGCUCAUCUGAACGGAAAGACGCUCAGGACAGACAGAAGACUGCUCACGGAGGGAAGGGGAACAAACCCGAGAGCAGCACUGCCAACAAGGCGCGGCAGAACACAGAGGAUGUUCUGCCAUACAGCCGACCACAGUUCCCAACAGUCAACAGCCCCAGAGACCCAAGCUCCUCCAGCUCCAUGUCCUCCCGGGGUUCGGGGGGCCGGCGGAGAGGGGAAGGAGCACGCAGAAACCCUGGAGACCUGGUCAUCAACAAUUCUGUAGCCUAUCACCAAGCAGAGGAGGAGCUAGAGAUGCUAGAAAGCUGAAGACGUCGAGAUGAAAAAGGAGGAACUGUUCAGAUUUUUCCCAGAGGAGUGGAGCACCAUUUUUUUCUCUUACAAUUUUAAAUAUCUCAGUAUUUUACCAUCAUGUUGGCUGCCAUUAUACUGUGUAACAUCAAAUGUGUUUCUUUACAUCUGGAAAAACAGACCAAUGCUUUUUUUCCCCCUCUAACUUAUCAUUUCUUUGCCCGCUUUUUUUUUUUUAAUAGGAAGGUGUGAAGGUUAAUUCAUAAAAAUAAAAAAACAACAAAGUAACAAAACAACGGUAUAUUUAUGUCGAAUUCCAAUGCAAUAUGCAGUGAAAUUCUGCUUCAGACUCAACCUGCCUUGACAAGAGCUUGAGAGCGCCUAUCCAAUGAGAUGUUACUGGAAGAAAAGCGGCCGCAAACAGGAAGGGGGGGUAAACUGUCUGUAAAUAUACGUGUGUGUAAUGUCUUGUUUUGCCCAUUGUGGUACCUCAAUAUAGUCUUCCUCGUUUUGUUUAGAAGAUCUAAUUUCAUUAUGUCGGUAAAUAAAAUUAUUUUAUAAUUUCCAUCCAUGUUUGUAAAUUGCUAUAUUGUUUACCUGCCUCUCCCGCCCCCCAUAAAAAAAGUGCCACUUUGGGAUUAUGUUUGUUCGUCUUUUUGUAAUGCACUGUUAUGUUCUGUGUUCUCAUCGAUGUUUUUUGUUUGUUUGACUUUGGUUUUAAAAGCACAAUCACUAAACUUUAUUUUAAACCAUUCUAUCUAUUAACCUUUUUCGUCUUACUUGGAGGAAAAGAAGUGAGACAGAAAGAGUCUAGUUAAUCCUGAUGAUGACGAUGAUGAUGAUGAUGAUGAUGAUGAUGAUGAUGUUGGUAAAGUUUGCUGUUUACGAAGGCUGUGCUUGAAACAAGACUCCACCCCCUUCCCCACGCUACGAUUGUCUCCCUCUCCAGUUCUGAUGCUAGCUCAAGUGAUAGACAGUUAAUGUGAGUCAUAGCUGCAAUGUAAAUAUUCUCUUUUCACAAUGACCAUACGUUCAGCUAUUGCACAUGAAUCAAAAAACGGUUUUGUUGCCUACAAAUGCACUUAAAUGAAUGUCAAAUACAGGAAAACAUGUCACUUUGGGAACCUGGAGAGGUUUUGAUUGGGCAAAAAGAGUCUUUUCUUCAUACGAAGGGGCCAAUUUGAACCCUGUUUCCAGAAGAUGGGGUGCUGUUUAUUCAUAGGACAUCUGCAAACAUUUGUUUCGUAAAGUAAAAAACAAAAAACUGAAUAAAAACUUCAAACUAAAA